AUGGCCACACCAGUCUACAUCAUUUCCCGCGUUGCGGACCCCGUCUUCGCCGUCUUUAUCGGCAUUUCGGCAGCCGCGCUGAGAAUCAACCGUGAGGAGAAGGAGAAGGGCAGGACCACUCGGGAGACACUUGAGGCAGGUCGUCGUCGUCUUGGUUUCCCAAAGAGCUCUUAA